AACUAUUUUGGUAUAUCUUGGAAAUUAAAGAUUGAGAAUGGUUGGUCUUGCUUUUAAACUAUUGAUACAUUUUACUGAGUCACAAUUGGGCAAUGCCUAACAACAUCUUUUUUACUUGACAUUCUAGUUGAAAGAUGGUUCUUUUGUUUUACCUGAAGGAUAUGGACAGCAGUGUCUACAGAGUCAAAUUGAGAAAAAUCUUAAGAAGGACUUAAUACAAUUCAACAAAGAUAUACAUGGCACGAUACCUAUCUCUCCGUUGUUUGAAGAUAUUGACAUGGCAAUUCCCGACGUUUAUGUCCAGCCUACAAUCAACAGGGUUUUGUCGGGCUGCCAAAACGCCAACAAAGGCCAAAGAACAGCACGUAUAUCAUCUUUGAGAGAAAUAUUUCAUGGUCAGAACAGACCUUAUCGUGAAAUAUAUUUGUGUGCAGAAACCGGGCUUGGAAAAUCGGUGUUUGGAAAACGGUUAGCUUUGAUAUGGAGCCAAGCGAACGAAUCUGACAAAAUUCAGAGAAGCUUUACCCAGGACGAAAUCGACGCAAUCAGUUAUUUCGAUUUUGUAUUUUACAUUUCCUUAAAAGAAUCUGAUCAGACUCAUCUUGAUGUUGAUGAAAUGAUAAAACAACAGAUCAUUAGAUAUCUUGCGCAUGCGUCACAAUACAAAACUGAAUUUCUUGAACAUAUCUUAUCAGAGAGAAAAUGUCUGAUUAUUCUAGAUGGUCUCGACGAAUGGUCACAUGAAAAAGGGAAUAUUCCAAUGAGAAGACCCAGGCAGUCUUGCACAUUUUUAACCACCACUCGCCCUUGGAGAUAUACAGUGGCUAGAAUAAAACAAAGUAAGAUUGAUCUACAGCUAGAAAUGACAGGUAUUGAUAAAGAGGGUAAGAAAGCUUUAAUAACAAACAUAUUAAAACAGUUCGGUAGUUGUGACGAUCAAUCGGAGUUGGAGAACAGUUUGAAGGAAUUUGAGAAAAAAGUUGCAAGAAGAAACGUCAAUGACCUGGAGACUAGUCCAAUGUUAUUAUUAUACAUGAUAUGUCUCUGGCAGGAUGGGAAUCCAUUAGGUGAUUCUCGUUGUGAUUUAUACUGUAACAUCUUAGAGAUGCUACUACAAAAGGUGGCACAACGACAGCAACAGGAGGUAGAAAUUAACCAGAAUGACAGUACUUACAAACCAGAAUGCUUCAAGGGAAAGGAGCAUUGUUGUAAGAACAUUCAUUUCGUGAAGAAAUUGUCGCAUCUUGCUUUCCUUACUCUCUUCAAUCAAAGUUCAGCAGAAAAUAGGCUGGUAUUUAAUGAAGACAUAGCAAAGAAAAACAUGUCAGAAAGCUGCAUUGAAUUUUGGCUGAAGACCGGCAUUAUAACUCAGAUAGUACGGAGUAAAGGAUUAACAUUCCGUGAUAUAAGGAUAUCCUUUAUACACAAAACUUUUCACGAGUUCUUCGCUGCUCUCCAUGUAGCAUUUAACCAAAAAGAGACAGACAUUGUGAUUAAAUCAUGUCCAGAUAUAAAUUCAGUUUUACUGAACGCAAGCUGUUUACAGAAUCUAUGUGGGCUCAGUCCAAUUGCAAGUCAAACAGUUCUAAACGGGAUAGCAAAUGUUAUUUCAAACAGUUGUCAAACAAAAAGCCUCCGGAGAAAUACGUACGCUUUCGCAGACUACUGGGAAAUGUGUGAUUUAAAACAAGAUUUCCAGAAUGUAAUGGUAGCGUGUGUGAAUGAAUGUAGAGACAACGGGUACGAACCUCGUUAUCAGUUGGAAGAUUUGUUUCUGAAUUUUGAUGGUGAACCUGAAAGUCAGUAUGUAUCAUCAUUGAUUGAUUUAUUAAGACACUCAGAUGUAAAAUCAAUCAAAUUCGGACGCGCCCUUUCCCGCAAAAGUGUCCAUGAUCUAAGUCUGCGACUGGAAGUGGAAAAAAUGAAAUCGCUGCAAAAACUGGAUAUCUGGGGUCAUCCUUGUAGUAAAGAUGUUGAAAUGAUGCUAGGGGCGUCUCCAGACACAUUAGAGUGUCUUCUUCUUCAUGGCUGCAAAAUAAAAGGAACGGACAAAAAUGAAAAGUACAUUGAAGUAUCUGAGGAAAGUGUCAAUAAACUGCUGUCUUUAAAGGUUUUGGAAAGCAUCGACCUUUAUCGUAUAUCAAUGAAUCAUGGUCAGAUAGAAAAAAUAGUAAAGUGGAUAGAAGGUAGGAAGUCGAUGAAACAAAUUAAAAUAGCCCGGGUAAAAUGCCUAGAUCAUGAGAAUAACAAUUGUUUUGCGCGUAUACUGGAUCUUUCGGAACACAUGCAACUUGAUGUCAUUGGUGUUGGAAACAUGUGCGCUGAUCAGGUAAAGGUCAACCCCUUAUCAAUACGGGAAUUUUGGGGAGAAUGCAACCAGGCUAUGGUCAUUUCAUUCUUGACCGACUAUGCUUCGUCCGCCAUAAAUAUUCAUACAUUAGUUAUUGAAUUUAUAGAUUCAUACGAAACUGUCAAAAAGAUAUUAAGUACAUUAACUGAUUUGCAACACUUAGUUAACCUACAAUUGAAACGUCUUGACCUGCAAGAAAAUGAACUGAUAUUGUCGAGACACAAAACUGUUGAACACGUGCGACUUAUUGAAAUAACUAUGGAGAAUCAAGCACUACGAAACUUGAUUGAACAGUUAAGUACAUAUAAACAUAGUGUUACAGUAGAAAUCGCAUCGUGUGAGGUGGAGCAUGAGAACGGUGCCGAAAGUUAUGAAGAGCUAAGACAAAAAAUAGAGAUGUCACCUGAAAAAUACUCUGUAAUUGCCAACCUGAAAUGCUCCGGACACGACAAUGCUUUUGCGUUCAGAACAAUGCCUUCGUAACAUGAUCGUUGUGUCAUUCGAAUGGUGACACAGAGAUUAACAAGGAUGACAUUCCUAGACGAGAGUUGGAGUUCAAGGUAAAAAGAAUAAAAUAUUUCAGUAUUAUAUCUUCAGCAUUCAUGGCAAUAAAACAUAACAAAAACAAAACAAUCAUUUAUUUCAAACAGGAGAAAGUAUAUAUGACGUAAAUGAAUGUGCCAUGUCUAUCAUGGUUAUCAUAAAAAUAGUUUGGAAAACAUUUAUGUCUGGAUUGUAAUCUAAUCGUAUUUUCAUUGUGAUCCAUAUUUCCAUUAGUCAGGUCUUCAAGAAAUAACUGUAUUUCGGUGCAAGCUCUUUUAACAAAUUAUGUCUAUAAUAAAGAAAAUGUUUUUCAUUAUCCCUAUAAUGUCUAUAAUAAAGAAAUUGUUUUUCAUCAUCACUAUAAAUAGCCUAAAUGAAAUUCCAAAUUGUGGAAAUCAUUAAACUUGAUGCAGUUUGUUUGUUUCUUCACAGAAAACUAAAUUUGUGAUUAUGAUUUUAUCUAAGUGAAUUCGAUAUGAGUAUUUUUAAGUGUGUUUAACUACGUGUUAUGUUAGUGUAUUGGAUACGCGUGAUGGUCAAUCUCAUUUGAAACGCGUAGGGUAAGUGUAUUUGAUAAAUGUGACAGGUACGUGUAUUUGAUCUGCUAGUUAGUUUAGUUAGUUAAUUGUAUUUGAUACACAUGCUAUUUAAAUGUAUUUGAUGCAAGUGAAAGUCAAGUGUAUUUGAUACGCAUGUUACGAGUAUUUAAUAGUAUUUACUGUAUUUGAUACACAUGUUCAUGACAUUUAAUUUGUAUGUUAAUCUAAUAUACUUGACACACAUGCUACUUCAGUAAAUUUGAUUCACGAUAUAAGUGUAUUUCAUGCGUAGGUUAUUUAAGUGUAUUUGAUACGAAUGUUAUUUAAGUGUAUCUGGAACCGACGUUAUUUAAGUGUAUUUGAUACGCAGGUUUCUUCAAUGUAUUUGAUACGCAUGUUAUUUAAGGGUAUCUUGUAGCCAGGUAUUUUAAGUGUAUUUGAUACGCAGAUUACUUAAGUGUAUAUGAUACGCAUGUUAUUAAUGGGUAUCUUGUACCCACGUUACUGAAGUAUAUUUGGCAGCAGGUUACUUAUGUGUAUAUGAUAAGCAUGCUAUCUAAGGGUAUCUGAUACCCACGUUACAUAAGUGUAUUUGAUAUGCAGAUUACUUGUAUGUAUUUGACACUCAUGUUAUUUAACUGUAUUUGAUACCCGCGUUACUUUAGUGAAUGUAAUACGUAGGUUACUUAAGUGUAUUUCAUACGCAGGUUACUUAAGUGUUUUUCUGGUACCCACGUUACUUAAGUGCAUUUGAUACGCAGGUAACCUAAGUGUAUUUGAUACGCAGGUUAUUUAUGUGUAUCUAGAACCAACCUUACUUAAGUGUAUUUGAUGAGCAGGCUACUUAAAUGUUUUUGGAUACGCAGGUUAUUUAAUUUAUCUUGUAGCCAUGCUUCUUAAGUUACAUAAGUGUAUUUGAUAUGCAUGUUAUUUAAGUGUAUCUGGUUCCCACGUUACUUAAGUGCAUUACGCAGGUUAUUUAAGGGUUUUUGAUAUGCAUGUUAUUUAAGUGUAUCUGGUGCCCACGUUAUUUAAGUGUUACUUAAGUGUAUUUGAUACGCAGGUUAUUUAAAAGAAUAAUCAUGAGUUUUGAAUUUUAUUGCAAUGACUGUCUACGUUUAUGUUUAAACAUUCCAGGAAUACUCAUACAUGAAAUGUGCAAUCAAAUUGGUAUGUUAAUGUGUAGUUUAUGUUAAAAACAUAAUAUGAAGGCUUAUGUGACAAAUAGUAGAUGUAUACUGCUUGAAAAUAAACACCAAUAUAAA